UCCCAAGCAUCAUCACAUCAGAGGAAACUUCCCUUAUGUAAACAAGCUAUUUGAAACAUCUAGGUGAAUAAACUGGGGGGAACAAACAAGGUAGCGGUGGAGACAGUCUUGGGUAGCUGCAGACAUUACCUGCAAGCCCUGGAAACUGAUGCUAGAUCCACAACGGCUCUUUCUCUGCUCCUCAUUUGCAAUGGCUCAUUGAUAAUAGCAUAUUGUGCUGCCCAAGGCAGAAGGGGACCUGUUCCUCUCCUCUCCAGGAGGCUCCUUACCACUGUUGGUGGCGCAAAUGCCACCAGCUGAGACAGAUGGCCACCAGUGGCUCCUGGCUCAAAGAUGCUGUGUGUAACAUUUUCUAACACUUCCCACAGCCAGAUUCCCUUCAGAAGGGAAGUCAGGCAGCAGAGUUGUAGCAAGUGGUGACAUUCAAGUGUAGAGCUAAGGAGUCAACCUGCUGCCCGUGCCCUCGCUGAGGGACCUCAGUGGGCUUCCAGGAGAGGCUUCACACUUGGACAUGGCUCAAAGCAAUGCCGUGGUCUCUGCCAACUUGGGCACUGGAUAAGGCUGGGGACAGCAAGGGUUUGUCGCAUGCAUCGCAUCCAGUGCUGCAUCUCCAAGGUCAUGGCUAAUGCCCCUGUUGGGAUAUUGUGUAGAAGGAUGCAGGCCUGAAAGGGAUCUCUAUCAUAUGGCAAAACUAGGAGGGAUGGAGAUGAACUCAGCAGUGGAAAGGAGCAAUAGGAAAAGCCAGAAUUAUCUGAAGUGUUGUGCAAAUGGUUCUCAUAAACCCUUGAAAGAAAAGGCAGAAAUUGUGCUUCUGUAGGUUGCUUGAAGUGAUGGAGUGGUGAGGUGUUUCACCAGCCUGGAGAUUGUGUGUGAGCUUUGAGUCCAAGUGAAGCCACAGCCCUGAAGGGCUUAUCACCCUAUCCUGGUCUCUCAGUUCUUUUCUGUUUAGGGGUUGUGCAGCCAGCGGUGUUGUGAUUCUUACAGGCUCAUGAUUUUGCAUCUGUCCAUACAGAGACACUUGUAAAGAGACAUCAUUCCCUCUACAGGGAAGCAGCUGCAGGCACUGCAGUCUGAUCCUGGGAAAGGGGGUGUAAGUACUCCAGGCAGCAACUUUACUUGUGCUAUAUAUGUUUUUUGGCAUUACUGUUGAUCCUUCUCUCUGAGAUUCUCCAUGUGCUUGUGCUGAUGGAGGUUCAUGGGAUGGGGAGAAGAGCAAGGCCCAUCACUGGUCCUAUGGUGAUGUAGCAAGAGGAAACUUGAGUUUCUAACUCCUUGUUCAUUUUUUCUCAGCAGUGAUUUGUAUUUCCUCUUACUCUUUUGAUAACCUCAUCCUUGAGGCCUGGCUGGAUGUUGUACUGUUUGACUGUCUGCAGUGCCUGGUGGUUGUGAGGAGGCUGGGCUGGCCAGCAGGUUACUGAUCUUAGUCCUGAAAAUAUUUUAGUAGAAGUUGUGUGAAACAUCUGGGGAGUUGGGGGAGAGAGAAUGUAAUGACUCACUUGGAGCACGCUGGCUAUGACCCCUGUGCUAUAAAUAUAGCCAUAAAACAUGCUUUGUUUGAACAAACAGCACAAUCUGCAACAGUGUCACUAGUGCUUUUCUGGUACCCAUUGUGCAGGAACACUUAGACCAGCCUCUGUGGUUGUGGUUUGCUUGCUUUCUGUCAAUUGCAAUUAGCCAAAUUCAGCAAUGUUUGCCACUGAGGGGCUCAGUGCUAUACUGCUACUCUUACAGCAGUAUGGAUUUUGCUUGGCAUAAAAGAUGACGUAAAAACCCUGCAGGGCAGGAAGAAAUGACUCGGCACAACAGUUCUGUCCCUUCUAAUCAGAUUUGUGCUAUGCUCCACUUAUGCUGUGGUCUAAACGAGCUUCUCCAUGCUCUCUCCAUAUUCCUCCCCCUCAUGCCCAGUCCUUAAAAGUCCCACGCAUCAGCCCAUUCAUACAACUGCCCUUCACAUCUUCUGCCUCUCCUUAAGCUUUCUCCUGGCCCUUCCAUUGGGGUGUCUGUCCUGCUCUUCCCAGCAAGAUCUCUACCUGCCAAGCACCUCUGGGACUCCUUGGCUGAUCCUGCCUUUCCACUCAGCACUCUCCUCAUUGCUGUAGUCUGGAGCUGCAGCUCAUCAGUUUAGUGGGUGCCAUUGAUGCUAACGGUACUUAAAAAAGCAACUCUAAUGUCCCAGCUGGAUUACUGAGCAUUUCUGUGAUUCCUGGAGGUGCUGCUGUUUAAAUAAGAAAUUGUCCUUAGUACUUGGCCCCCAGAAGCAUCCGCUUGGGUACUGUAUGCAAGUCCUUGACAUUCUGGAAACGAUGGGGAUUGGUAAGAAUACCACUUCGAAAUCAGUGGAGGCAGGAGGCUCAACAGAAGGCAAAUAUGAGGAUGAAUCUAAACAUCCCACCUUCUUCACCCUGCCUGUCGUAAUAAACGGUGGAGCAACAUCCAGCGGUGAUCAGGAUACAGAAGACACAGAGUUGAUGGCCAUCUAUACUACAGAAAAUGGCAUAGCAGAAAAGAGCUCUUUGGCAGAGACACUGGACAGCAGUGGCAGCUUGGACGCACAGAGAACUGACAUGAUUUACACUAUCGAAGAUGUUCCUCCUUGGUAUCUCUGCAUAUUUUUGGGGUUACAGCAUUACUUAACAUGUUUCAGUGGAACUAUAGCAGUGCCCUUUUUGCUAGCUGAUGCCAUGUGUGUUGGAUUUGACCAGUGGGCUACCAGCCAAUUGAUUGGGACCAUUUUCUUCUGCGUGGGCAUCACUACAUUGUUACAAACAACUUUUGGGUGCAGGUUACCCUUGUUUCAAGCGAGUGCUUUUGCAUUCUUAGCACCUGCUAGAGCAAUACUCUCCCUGGAGAAGUGGAAAUGUAAUAAUACAGAUAUAACAGUUACAAACGGAACAACAGAACUGCUUCACACUGAGCACAUCUGGUAUCCCAGAAUACGAGAGAUCCAAGGCGCUAUUAUCAUGUCCUCCUUGAUAGAAGUGGUGAUCGGUUUGCUUGGCCUUCCCGGCGCCCUGUUGCGAUACAUUGGACCUCUGACCAUCACGCCAACUGUUGCUCUCAUCGGCCUCUCCGGUUUCCAAGCUGCUGGAGAAAGAGCAGGCAAACACUGGGGUAUCGCGAUGUUGACUAUUUUCCUAGUAUUGUUGUUUUCUCAGUAUGCCAGAAACGUCAAAUUUCCCUUACCCAUUUACAAAUCCAAGAAAGGAUGGACAGCAUACAGGCUGCAACUUUUCAAGAUGUUCCCUAUUAUUUUAGCUAUUUUGGUGUCGUGGUUGCUUUGCUUCAUCUUCACUGUCACAGACGUCUUUCCCCCUGACAGUUCGAAGUACGGCUUCUACGCUCGCACAGACGCCCGACGAGGAGUGCUGUUGGUAGCUCCGUGGUUCAAGGUUCCUUAUCCUUUUCAGUGGGGACUGCCAACAAUUUCAGCUGCUGGAGUAAUAGGAAUGCUUAGCGCAGUUGUUGCUAGCAUUAUUGAAUCAAUAGGAGAUUACUAUGCCUGUGCCAGGUUGUCUUGCGCUCCUCCUCCACCUAUUCAUGCAAUAAACAGAGGGAUUUUUAUUGAGGGUCUCUCCUGUGUUCUGGAUGGAGUAUUUGGGACAGGGAAUGGAUCCACCUCCUCCAGCCCUAACAUUGGUGUCUUGGGCAUCACAAAGGUUGGAAGCCGCAGGGUUAUUCAGUAUGGGGCAGCCUUCAUGCUCUUGCUUGGGAUGGUUGGCAAGUUCAGUGCUCUCUUUGCAUCGCUGCCUGACCCCGUGCUUGGUGCCCUCUUCUGCACUCUCUUUGGGAUGAUUACAGCUGUGGGUCUGUCUAACCUCCAGUUCAUAGAUUUAAAUUCUUCUCGUAACCUGUUUGUGCUUGGAUUUUCCAUUUUCUUUGGACUUGUCCUUCCAAGCUAUCUCAAACAAAAUCCACUGGUCACAGGAAUAGCGGGCAUUGAUCAAGUAUUAAACGUCCUUCUCACUACAGCCAUGUUUGUCGGUGGCUGCGUUGCGUUUAUUUUGGAUAAUACCAUUCCAGGAAGCCCUGAAGAAAGGGGAAUACGGAAAUGGAAGAAAGGGGUUGGUAAAGGAAGCAAGUCACUGGAUGGCAUGGAAACAUAUGAUUUGCCUUUUGGCAUGAACUUUAUUAAAAAAUACAGGUGUUUCAGCUUCCUGCCCAUCAGCCCUACCUUCAUGGGUUACACGUGGAAAGGCUUCAGGAAAAGCAGUAACUGCAGGAGUUCAGAUGAAGACUCAGAAGCUACAGUAUAGCCUUAGCUGAAAUUAUAUAACCUAGUUGUAGUAAAAGAUGUAUUUGCAGUUUCUUGCUGAUUAAGAAGCAUUAAAAUAUAUGUUUUGUAUAUCUGCAUUUAAAUUCUGGAACCAGAGCUGAGACGGAUUUAAAAAAAAAAAAAAAAAGCUUUCCUGUUGUGGGUGGUGGUAGCCAGAUCUAGUGUCUCUGGGUCAAAUUUGCAAAUGCUCCUCCGUUUGAUUUUCAAAAGCUAAAGAUACCUGCGCACCUAAGUGUUUAUUUUAAAUGGGGCUUAGGUUCCAGAAGUAUGUAGGUGCUAUUGAAAAAUAUUACUUUUUAGGGUGAUUUUAUUUAAGUCAUUGAUGCUGGCAUUUUUGGCGCAUUCAUUGCUGGCAAUGUUAGUUACGCCAGAAAAUUUGAAUCCUGUGAGAAGGGGCGGGGGGGGGGGGGAGGAAAAAAAUUUACUUCUAGUCAUGUCAAAUGCCAUAUAUAUUGUUUUGUACUUACUGAUUUGCACAUUCCAUAUUUUCAGCCCCAUGGAAACCAGACUCAGUUGAUACUGGCAAAUGAUGAGAGUAUUUUUUUGAAUUACCGAUAGUUCAGUCAGAUGUCCAGUGUUAAGACAGAAAGUUUCUGUAAUAACUUUGCCAACGAAGACUGUGACCGACUUCUCGUAGCUUAGUGCUGUAGAAGGAACCACUUAUUUCAUGUCAGUUCGCAUUUUCAAACGUUUGCUUUUUCUGCCUGGUAUUUAACCACCUAAUUAUAGUGUCCAGGUGCAGAUUUUCUUUAAAGGGACACAUGUAGCUUGAGUUUUACAGAGAUGGGAAACUUUUAACUUCCAGACAGGACCUGAUAACAGUUUUUACAGUGCAAUGCCUGUAUCCAGCAAGAUGUUUCCUGGGCAAAAAUGCUAAGUUGUUGAGCAGUUCUAAGCAAUUAACAUCUGUAUACAUGCAGCUUUCCCUGCAGCGAAAGCCACGCGGUCAAAACGCUGCCAGCAUUUGCUGGUUUGGAUCUGUGCAGAAUUUUCUUGAUCGGAUAUUGAGAGCCGAUGCUGCCGACGAGCAGCUUGCAUUGCAUUGCCUCUUUUUCUUCUCUCUUGGCGGGGCUUCUGCAAAAGCUCGUUACUGAUGCAGAGGUGAUCUUGAACGGCAGAGACACUACAUUUGAUGUCCUCAUCCACUGGGUGGUUUAACGGGUAUUGGGUCCAGUCAGGGCACCAUUCAGAUUUUUUUUUUUUUUUUCCUGGAAUAGUCUCAGCUCUGAUGUUAUGUGGGUGUUCAUGCUCAUCAUGCAUUCAUAAUUAAAAGUUUUAUUCAUGUUUAAUGUUCUUACUAUUGCAAGUUAGUUUUAGACUUCAGUGUGGCCCCAAAAGCAUUUUUAAGCUGUGGAGAUCAUCAGGGAAAUGUAGUGUAAUGUAAUUUCAAGGCCAGUAUGCUCUACGGUGCUUGCGUUUUGUAUUCCUGGAAAAAACAUAACAGUAGAUCCUGUAAUUCACUAAUAUAUUUAUCAAAGUUUGACUACUGGACAGGAGCGCAGGAACUCUGUUUUCUCUGAGUCUACUUCCAGGUGAAUUUGUUAUUGGUUAUUGAAGCAUGGAAGGGUUGGGGUGGGGAGGGUAAGGAAAGAGCUUAACGGAUCAGUACUGAAUAGUGUAGAGUCGGAAUGAUUCCAUUGAUAUCGUUCUCAGCAUGCCAUGGCUGUUUCCAGAAACUAUUUUAUACCGCUUUUUCCAUAACAAAGCAUGUGUUUUGUUCCUGCUUCAGGGAACUUUCAGUAGUUUGCAGUCUUGGUGUCAAUUGGACUAUCUCAAAAGCUCGUCAGAAGAGUUAAUUGUGUAGUAGACAAGGUUAGUUUGCCUGUGAAACAAAGUCAUUUUUAUGAUUUUUAAUUUUUUCCUCUUCAGGUAGUGAGGUGUUAGAUUUCCACAUCCACUUGCAGAUAGUUUUGAGUGCGGAGACCUCUGAUCAGUGGCACGAAGCUUCCAAAUUUCCCAACUGUAUGUGCAACCAAAGAUGUGUGGGAGACAUGGGGGAGUUAAAUACAUAUAUAAAUAUAUAUAUAUAUAAAAGGAAAAAAAAAAAGCCACCUAUAUACGGUGGCUGUAAUGAUGUAAAAUGCCAAAGUUGGUUAUCUUAUAAAUGUUGAGAAAGGGAGGCAAAAGAUUUUAUUUAAAACAGUGCCACCUCAGAAAUACUGAAAUGUCAAGUCCAGUAAAGCUGCUGGGCACAGAGCACGACAGUGACGCCUCUGUCCCGAGUCUUUUCUAACUUCUCCCCCCAAAUAUUCUUUUGAUAACUUCAAUGCUAAUGCAAUCAAGAGACAAGGCGAUGAGAAAUAGCAUUUGUCUUCUCUCACCUUUGGCUGAAGCAAAGCUGUGCGUGUUCUGUAUUGCCUUCACUUGAGAAUUGCCGAGACACUUCAGUCAAGUUACAGGGCAACGAAUCCAAGGAUACUUUUUUCUUCUCCCCGGAGCAGAACACCACUCCUUUCCUGCCACGUAGGAAAGACUAUCUGAAUAGGUGAAGUCCAAUUACUCUGUUUAACUGUUGGAUUUAAUUCGUUUCGUGACUUUGGGUCCUACCGUGCUGAUUCUGUUGACUGGCUGAGGAAAGCGCAGUAGCGUUUAGCCAGCAUGUUUGCUUUUCUAGCCACUUACCUUGGUAACACUAAAAUAAGUAGUUGUAGUUAGCAGUCAUUUUUGUAACCAAAUUUGUAUAUGUAACAACUCUCUCCAUCUUACUACGAACAUGAAUGGUUAAAGAUGAGCCUCAGUUUUGCAAAGGAGAUCGGCUGAAGCACCCGUAAUGUAUAGCGAAGGGUUGCGAUGGAGUCAUUGGCAGUCCCUCGAAUGUACAGGGCAUGCAGCUGCUGCACCUGGGCUAUUGCUACUAAAGCAUGCGUCUCCCCAGUGCUGAGAGGUGAGCAAAGGACGGAGCUGAUGCACGGGUGCCUUGGAAAGAGAAGCUCCCCUUUCUCUUUCCGAUGCACCCGAAACUGUCCCUGCGCUGCCAGUCGAAGAAGAUGCGUUGCUUUUCUUUGUGAGGGAAAUAAGUCUGAGUUGCCCCCGGUUUUGUGCAGUUGCAGCAGGCGAUUGUGGACCUUAAAUCCUUCUCCCACGUCCGCUUUUCUACACUGGCGUUUUAGUGGCAGUUGUGAAAUGCUGUGGCCGGGGGGAGUGCGGUGCGCAGCCUGAGCUGCUGUGCAGCAGCUGCUGGCAGAUGUGUUGCAGAGGAUUAACUUGCAGUUUUGAAAAGCAUUUAAAUACUUCGUGUUUGCUGGUUACGUCCAGGCUUUGAUGCAUAAGGGUGGCUGGAUAUAGAUAUCUGACUGUAAAUGCAAUACUGUAUUUUUGCUAUAUGUUAUUGCCUGCCUUUCAAACAGCUAAACUAAACAAAACCGCAUAGGGAAGACAACACCUGAGGGAUGAGUUAAGAGGCGAUGAGAUGUUUCAACCAAACUUUUAAGACAGAAGGGCAAAUAUUCAUGGUAGAAAUAUCAUUUUGUCAUAUCGAAGAUGGUAUCAAUGUAUGCAAAACAAAAUAACUUGGGACUUUUGUAAUUGAUAUUCUAUUGUAUUUUUUUUAGGUUAAAUUAAGAAUUCUUGCUAACAUGUUGAAACACGUUUUCUAAAGCAAAUACGUGCAAAUUAUACCUAUAGAAAUUUAGGUUUCAUAGCUAACAGCUAUGACUGAUUAAUGUUGUCAUAUUAGAGUGUGUUGGCAGAGGAACUUAAUCAGGUACCUCGCUCAGAAAGUUCAAACUUUAAACCCAGAAUUUGCUUUAUGCCUUUUAAUACUGACUUUAAAUAUGGCAACUUGGUUUGUACAUGAAUAUUGCAGUAUUUUAUUUCCAUAUAUUAAAAAUAACAUUUCCACUCAGGAUAAUGAUCGCAGUUUUCCUGGGAGGGAGUGGUAUGAUUGUCAUGACAAUGUCAUGUGAUGGUAGAAUUUCUUCAUUGACGAAUCUAUAGUAGUUGUGUAUACUUUAUUUACCCAUGUUUAUGUUCCUACCAAAAACUAAAGGGUUUCUUUAUUGUUCAUCUCCCUACUGAGAUCUUGGUACUCCCGAUGCAGAAUUGGCGCUUGCAAACUGAAAUCCUCAGUACUAUUUAUACCACAAGGAGCAUCAGUGAGUGCGACCAGUCAUUUAUAGCAUUGCAUCCUUAAUAAAAAGUGUUGAAAAUCACUUCAUUUGUGGUGUAAACAGCACUCCAGGCACAUGUGGUUUAAAAUAGCCGGCUUCUAAUGGUUUGAACGAACCGUUGGAUGCUUACACGCAAUCUAAAACAACCUGUGCUUAACAUAAUUUGUAUAUCAAUGUAGAAAAUGCAUGUGUGACAGACCAGCACAACCUACAGUGUUUCUUUUCACGUGGCCUUCUUAAACCAAAAGCGACUUUUUUUCUUUUUUUUUUUCUUUUUUGUUUAACGGGGGUGGGGGAGUGGUGGGUCACUCAUUUUUGCAGAAAACGUCCCACUUGGUGCAUGUUUCUUAGUAUUUCUUAAGGCGAAUGGCCUUUGUGGCCAUGGGAUGACAGGUACUCUGUGCUCUCAUGUUUAUCUAGCUGCGAUAGGUCAUUGCAGUAUUGGAGGAGGCCACGAGUUUGCCAGUGUUUCGCUUCUGCCCAUGAGUCUAUACAGCUUAGUGCUGGGCUGCUUUUAAGUAUUGGGGAUCCGUGUUCAGAGCCAUCCAAAAUAUUCCUGUCUAGUUCUAAUUUGACUGUGACUGUGCAUUGUCAUCCGUACAUAUUGAUAUGAGAGAUAUAUUUAGAAUUGCCUUGUGUACUAUCUGGCAUUUACUACAUCUUUCCAGGUAAAUCAUCUUGCUGCCAGUCCAAAUUAUUGUACUUUGUCUGUUUAUAACAACCUUUGGCGUAACAAACUAUUGACUGUUCUUAGGCAGUGGGGAUAAAUAUUUUUUUUUCCAUGACUUUUUGUGACUGACUUUGGCUGUAAAACUUUUUUGUUAAACAGCAAGAGUUUUUUUUGUUUUGUUUUUUGGGGUUUUUUUUUUGUUCUGAGAUGUGUAAUUCUUUUAUGGAGUUUUUUUUUAUUUCGUAUUUUUUUCUAACGUUGCUUCAUUAAACAAUUAAAUAUUUAAAAAUGUAAUAUUUGGACCAGAUGUUGUGAAUAAUAGUAGAUAAAGCUAUUUUAUUCUGUAUUUUUAAAGCUGUUCAGUAUAAAUAAACGCGGGCAUAGAUGCAACCUGG